GAAUAAUAUACCACUUAUAUGACGGCAACAGCGAAUACAAUUCCCAUGAUUUAUCUGAACACUUCACAACAACUAUUUAAAUAAAACUCGCGCGUGAAUCAUCGCCAGUGCAAGUUCCUCUGUUAAAUCGCAAUCUGUAAAACCACCUUUAGCUACGAUGCGUGUAGCGACGUUGUUGGUACUAGCUGUGGCGGCGAGCGCGGCCGCGAGCGACGCGGACUGGUGGCAGACCGCCCUUAUCUACCAGAUCUAUCCGAGGUCCUUCAAGGAUAGCGAUGGAGAUGGAAUUGGUGACUUGAACGGCAUCACUGAGAAGCUGCCGUACCUCCAGCAGUUGGGCGUGGACGCAAUAUGGCUGUCUCCUAUAUACCUAUCGCCCAUGUACGACUUCGGAUACGACAUCACAAACUACACGAAAAUUGCGCCAGAAUACGGCACGAUGGAGGACUUUGAUAAUCUCAUGGCGAAGGCUAAGGCUCUAGGCAUCCGAGUAGUGUUGGACUACGUGCCAAACCACACGGGCAACGAGAGCGAAUGGUUCAUCAAGUCUGCGCAGAGAGAGGCCGGCUACGAGAACUAUUACAUCUGGGCUGAUGGAACGCCGGAUCCUAAUGACGCCAGUACCACUCUACCACCUAACAAUUGGGUGAGCAAUUUCCGCAAAAGCGCGUGGGAAUACAGUACUACCCGCGGCCAGUACUACCUACACCAGUUCGCUAUCGGACAACCCGACCUCAACUACCGCGAAGCAAAGGUGCAGGAAGAAAUGAAGAAUGUACUCCGUUUCUGGCUGGACAAAGGCGUGUCUGGUUUCCGUGUGGAUGCCAUCAACAUGAUGUACGAAGUCGACCCUAAUGAUUACGGAGGUGUCUACCCCGAUGAGCCCCUCUCAGGAGAUGAAGACGCAGCCGCAGACGACUACAAUUAUCUAAGUCACAUUUACACCAGAGACUUAAACGAGACAUAUAAUGUCGUAUACGACUGGCGUGACCUCCUAGACGAAUACUACAUGACAGAUGGCGAAUACAAAAUAAUGAUGACCGAGGCGUACACAGAACUCACUUUGAUGAUUAGAUACUAUGGCACGGACACUAGGAAUGGCUCUAUUCCGUUCAAUUUCAGCUUUCUAGAGAAUAUAAAAAAUAAUUCCAACGCGAGGGACAUGAAGUUGGUUAUCGAUAAGUGGAUGACGUAUAUGCCUAACGGAAAGACUGCCAAUUGGGUUAACGGCAACCACGACCAGAGCCGCGUGGCGUCGCGUCAGGGCAGCGACCGCGUCGACGCCAUGAACCUGCUGGCGCUGUUGCUACCCGGCGUCGCACUCACCUACCAGGGCGAAGAAAUAGGUAUGUUAGACGGCGAGGUGACGUGGGAGCAGACCGUGGACCCCCAGGCGUGCAACACGGACGACCCGAUCAACUACUGGAAGAAGUCCCGCGACCCCAACCGCACGCCCUACCAGUGGGACAGCUCUGCCCACGCCGGGUUCUCCACCACCACCGGGGACACGUGGCUGCCCGUCGCCAGUAACUACCGCACGUUGAAUCUGGCCGCGCAAAUGGCCGCUGAGAAGAGCCAUUACAAGUUCUACAAAGACGUUCUUGCAGUCAGGAAACUGCCAGCUGUUCGUGCUGGUGACUUGGAGACGACGGUUAUCUCAGAAUCAGUCCUUGUGGUCAGCAGGUUGUUACCUGGGUACCCAGGUGUGGUGGGCAUAGUGAACCUGUCUGACGAAGAAUACCAUUUGGACCUAACAUCCAUCAAACUGUUACCUGUUCAGAUGCGAGUUGUCGCUUCAGGUGUUGAUUGUCCUCAUAAAAAAGAUGAAUGGAUGAGGAAAUCCAACAUAACUGUGACUGCACACUGUGCCCUGCUGCUGCAAACCGUGAGGAAGUGCUGUUGAGGAAUAAUUUUCAUAUAUCUUGUUAUGAUUUUAAAAAGCUGGGAAAUUUGACAUAAAUAAAUAUUUAAAUUAUA